CAAACCUAGAUAUUCUGCAAGUCAAGGCCUUGUAGAAAGAGCAAAUGGAAUUCUUAAAAUAAAGUUAAGAAAAACAUAUAAUAAAAAACUUUAUAAGCUUGUAUUUGAUGGAUUACUACAUGGAUAUUCUGUAGUGCUUGAUUACUUGUUUGAAACAAGUAUAUUCUUAGAAGAUAAAAUCCCAAAUGAAUUUGGGUUAGAAAAUAUUCAAGAGUCAAUUAAUGAUUUAGAUGAUUUAAUUGAUAAUACCAAUAGUGUACCUUUAAUAAAAAUUGAGUUUGCAAGUAGUUCCACAAGUUUAAAUCAAGAUUUAAGUCUAAAUAAUGAAAACUAA